CCGAGACUGCUCGGUCUUUGUUGCUUCUACUGCGUGUACGUAUUGCCUUCGAUCAUCCUGCGAUUGAAGCUGCGCCUCGCCUAUAACAUAUAAAAGGCCACCAUUACAUACACCCUAUCAUGGGCAUAUACUAUCAAUUCUUCCUCGUAUGCCAAGCACACUCCGAACAGUCUUGGUGAGCACCACACUCGCGGCUGCUGUAACGUACCAGCAACACUUCCGCCUCGUUCGGCUAUACCCUUCCAUGCCAGCCCCCCAAUUUCCUGUGCCACCAGAACCACCAUACACCUCUCAAGCUUGGGCAGAAUGUAAUGCUGGUGAUGCAUGGGUUGUGGAUAUCCCCAGUCUGCACCUUUCCAACAAGGGAGAGGAGGGAGAAGACGGAAAGAUGGUAUAUACGUUCGCGCGCGCUUUCUGGAGCACAUGGGCUUUAAGGCUGGAGGGAGCAAUUGUCAAUGGUUUGGGAAAAAUAGGGGUAGUGCAGCCUUUUGAAGAAAGUGGAAAAAUACAGUCUGUUGAGAGGGGAAGAUUUGAUAAAGGUGCCACCGAAGUAGGAGGUUGUUUCAUCUUAGAAGCCAAUCUCUCGUCUCCGCCUACCACAGCCUCCCAGACCCUUUCUUGCGGCUCGCUCAUCUACCGAUGGGGCUCCCUUUCCCUCUCCGAGAAAUCCCUAGGAGGGUAUCACGUCCUCUCUAUCGUUCCUUCUCCCCUUCCGCAGCAUAUUCGUCUCAACUUUACGACAUACCUCGUUAGUGAGGGCUACGAGAAGUCGAAUGGUUUUAUUUUACCAAGCACACCAUCCGUAUCGGACAAUGCAGGACUGGGAAGGAAGGUGCUUGCGCAAUUCCACAUGAUUUAUUCUCGUCUGCUGGUGGACCUUGCGCUCAGAAGGCUCGGAGUGGCCGUAUCUUGGGUAUAGAUUUUAGGACGAUAUAAUAGGGAAUGAGGAGACCUCGUUGGUAAUUAUGAGACGGAUCACGAAAGGUUUGUGUGGAUAUGCAAGAAUCAGAGACACUGCCUUGCCACAAACGGUAAUGUCUUCUUGGAGAUACUUUGAGCUCAGAAGGCGUGCCAAUGUGACAUUACGAUCAAGAUGAUCCGUCACUGAAUGAAUGACCUGUCCAGACCGAGGUGCAAUGAGAUUUCGGCGGUUUUGUUCCUUCCAAGUUCCUUCCUCAUCCAGCUGCUCCACAUGUUAUCAGUGUUCAGUAUAGCUAGUGCGGCGACCAAUUGGCGAUAUACAUGUUUUCCCAAAUGGUUGAUCAUGAAUGACUGCUGUUCUGAGGCGAGAAAAGUCAUAGUUCUAUUACCGAUGUCCAGUAGCUAGUAUUGAUGUACAUAGGCAAGUCAUAAUUCCACUGUCCCAUCACUUGAAAGCCCUAUUGUGCCCCCCAUAAAUACAGCCCCCCUUGAUACACCCUUUUGACCUCGUACCCAAGGCAAGAGGGGCAGGCAACCCCUGAGUGGAUGAC